AUUGUAAUAAUUGUGAAUUAAAUGAAAUGACGUGGAAUAUUCUUGUGUGAACAAUUUAAGAAAAAAUUAAAGAAAAAAGAAAAUUUGUUCACGUCGCUUUUUAAGAACAGGAAAAGUUGUAAAAUAAAUUAAGAACUUUACAUUUGUGCAAAAGUUAAUAGAUAAAUUACUUGAAAAAUGUUGACUAACUUUGAGUCGAAAUCGGCCCGUGUAAAGGGCUUAUCUUUUCAUCCUAAACGACCAUGGAUUCUAGUAAGUUUACAUAGUGGUGUAAUUCAAUUGUGGGAUUAUCGCAUGCAUACUCUGCUGGAGAAGUUUGACGAACACGAUGGCCCAGUACGUGGCGUAGCAUUCCAUCAGCAAAUGCCAUUGUUUGUUUCCGGUGGUGAUGAUUACAAAAUCAAAGUGUGGAAUUAUAAGCAGCGUCGUUGCAUCUUUACGUUGCUGGCUCAUUUGGAUUAUGUGCGUACGGUAGCAUUCCAUCAUGAAUAUCCUUGGAUCCUUAGUGCUUCCGACGAUCAGACCAUACGUAUUUGGAAUUGGCAAUCGCGUAACUGUAUUUGUGUGCUGACAGGUCACAAUCACUACGUCAUGUGUGCUCAAUUCCACCCUACAGAAGAUCAAAUUGUUUCGGCUUCAUUAGAUCAAACAGUACGUGUUUGGGAUAUAUCUGGUCUUCGUAAGAAAAAUGUGGCUCCCGGUCCUGGAGGUUUGGAUGAUCACCUUAAGGGUCACCCAGGUACAGCGGAUCUAUUUGGACAGGCAGAUGCUGUCGUUAAGCAUGUGUUGGAGGGUCACGAUCGUGGUGUAAACUGGGCCAGUUUCCAUCCAACAUUACCACUCAUUGUUUCGGGCGCCGAUGAUCGUUUGGUCAAGCUAUGGCGCAUGAAUGAAUAUAAAGCCUGGGAGGUCGAUACAUGCCGUGGUCAUUACAAUAAUGUUUCAUGCGUUCUAUUCCAUCCACGUCAAGAUCUUAUAAUUUCCAAUGGUGAAGAUCGUAGCAUCCGUGUUUGGGACAUGACAAAACGCCAGUGUUUGUACACAUUCCGUCGUGAUGGAGAGCGUUUUUGGGUUUUAACCGCACAUCCAACAUUGAAUUUGUUUGCUGCUGGUCAUGAUGGAGGUAUGGUUGUGUUCAAGUUGGAACGUGAACGUCCUGCAUAUGCCGUACACGGCAACAUUCUUUAUUAUGUAAAAGAACGUUUUCUACGCAAAUUGGACUUUACCACCACCAAGGAUACCGUGGUUAUGCAAUUGCGCGGUGGCGGCAAAUCACCAGUGCACAGCAUGUCUUAUAACCCUGCUUUGAAUGCUGUCCUCGUCUGUACACGCACCAACAACUUGGAAAAUAGCACUUAUGAUUUGUGUCAAAUUCCCAAAGAUGCUGAAUCUCAAAGUGAAAAUGACAGUAAACGUUCGUCGGGUAUAACAGCCAUAUGGGUCGCCCGCAAUCGUUUUGCUGUUCUCGAUCGUAAUCAACAACUUGUUAUUAAGAACUUUAAAAAUGAGGUCACCAAAAAGAUACCAACUUUCUGUGAAGAGAUCUUCUAUGCUGGUACUGGAAUGUUGCUGAUCCGCGAUCCAGAAUAUGUAACGCUUUAUGAAGUUCAACGUUUGGUAUCUGUGGGCAGUAUUAAGUUGGCUAAAUGUCGUUAUGUUGUCUGGUCUCCUGAUAUGUCAUUGGUAGCUCUGUUGUGCAAACAUUCGGUUACUAUUUGCGAUAGACGUUUGCAGUAUUUGUGUACGAUACAGGAGAACUGCCGUGUCAAAUCUGGCGCUUGGGAUGAUUCGGGCGUAUUUAUUUACACCACCAGCAACCACAUUAAAUACGCAUUGACAAAUGGUGAUCAUGGCAUCAUUCGCACUCUUGACCUGCCCAUAUAUUUGACUCGUGUCAAAGCCAACCAAGUAUUUUGUUUGGAUCGUGAGUGUCGCACUCGUGUGUUGCAUAUCGACCCAACUGAAUAUAAAUUUAAAUUGGCUCUUAUUAACCGUAAAUACGACGAAGUAUUGCAUAUGGUAAGGAAUGCCCGUUUGGUUGGUCAAAGUAUUAUUGCCUAUUUGCAACAAAAGGGCUAUCCAGAGGUGGCUCUUCAUUUCGUAAAAGACGAGAAGACUCGGUUUGGUUUAGCUCUCGAAUGUGGAAAUAUUGAAAUAGCUUUAGAGGCCGCUAAAGCUCUCGAUGACAAGGAAUGUUGGGACAGACUCGGUCAGGCUGCACUUUUGCAGGGCAAUCAUCAAAUUGUAGAGAUGUGUUAUCAACGUACCAAGAACUUUGACAAAUUAAGUUUCCUUUAUCUCAUUACUGGUAACUUGGAGAAACUUCGUAAAAUGAAUAAGAUUGCAGAGAUUAGAAAGGAUGUAUCGGCUCAGUAUCAAGGAGCUCUUCUUUUGGGUGAUGUCAAAGAACGUGUUAAUGUUUUGAAGAAUUGCGGCCAGAUGUCAUUGGCAUACUUAACUGCAGCUACACAUGGUCUGGAUGAGCAGGCAGCUGCCUUAGGGGAAGUUAUUGCUCAGGAGGGCAAUACUUUGCCCGAAGUAAACCCAAAUGCUACUUUGUUGAAGCCACCCGUACCAAUACAACAGGUUGAAACCAACUGGCCUUUGCUUAGUGUAUCCAAGGGCUUCUUUGAAGGUGCCAUGUUGACCCGUGCAGGUACUAGUGCCACCGCCAGACAAGCUCUCAAUGUUAACGCUGAUGCAGCCCUGGAUGUUUCUGCUGGCGAUGGUUGGGGUGCUGAUGCUGACUUGGGUCUGGACGACGAUGGCGAUGAUGAGAUGCAAGAUGCUCUAAAUACGGAAGAUGGUGGUGAAGGCGUUGGUGAAGAAGGCGCUGGCUGGGAUGUAGGCGAUGAUGAUUUGGUAGUGCCAGAAGAGUUGGCUUCAAAAAUUAAAGCCUCUGCUCUUGAUAGUGGCUAUUAUGCUGCUCCCAACAGGGGACAAUCACCACCCCAACACUGGGCAAACCACUCGCCUUUAGUUUUGGAUCACAUAAAGGCCGGAUCAUUUGAAACUGCAUUCCGUUUACUUAACGAACAACUGGGCAUAGUAAACUUUAAGCCUUUCAAAACGCUCUUUAUGCAAAACUACAGUUGCUCUAAAACCAGUUUUACCGCCAUGCCCAAUUUACAGCCAUUGACAGCUUAUCCUUUACGCAACUAUGCCGAGACUAAUGCCAAACAACAACGCCCUGCAUUGGGUAUAAAAUUAAAUGAUUUGGUGCAAAGACUUCAGGCUGGUUAUCAGUUGACCACUGGUGGAAAAUUCUCAGAGGCAGUCGAAAAAUUCCAUUCGAUAUUAAUAAGCAUUCCCUUCUUGGUGGUUGAAACCAAACAGGAUAUAGCUGAGGCUCAACAAUUGCUUAAAAUAUGUGCCGAGUACAUUUUGGGUCUUAAAAUGGAAACUGUACGUAAAGGUCUACCCAAAUCAACAUUGGAAGAACAGAAGAGAUUAUGUGAAAUGGCUGCCUACUUUACACAUUGCAAACUACAGCCUGUACAUCAAAUCCUUACCCUACGCACAGCCCUCAAUAUGUUCUUCAAAUUGAGAAACUACAAGACAGCUGCUUCAUUUGCCAGACGUCUAUUAGAAUUAGGACCACGUCCCGAGGUAGCUCAACAAGUCCGUAAGAUUUUACAGGCUUGUGAAGUCAAUCCUGUCGAUGAACAUCAUCUGCAGUAUGAAGAAUUUAAUCCAUUCAGCAUAUGUGGUAUCAGCUUUAAACCCUUGUAUCGUGGUAAACCCGAAGUGAACUGUCCUUUCUGUGGAGCCUCUUACGAUCCUCAAUAUAAGAACCAGAUUUGCACCGUCUGUGAAGUGAGCCAAAUUGGCAAGGAUUGCAUUGGUCUAAGAAUAUCAAAUCUUCAAUUUCGUUAGAUUAUUAUAAAAAACAUUAAUUUUUAUUCAUGUUUUAAACAAUAAUUAUUUUAUACAUUUUUUUCGAGUAACAUUGUUGCAAUGAUCGACUAUUAAACGAUUCCACACUAUAAUAAAGUGUCUAAUGCAUAUUUUUUUCUUAAAAAUAUAAUAAAUUACUAUAUAAUAAUUAAAUAAUCAGUA